GGAAUUCUAGUUUGUGAGCAUUGGUGAACAUUUUACGUUUAUCUACUGAAUGCAAAAACGUGAGGAGGUUAUAAACAUAAUACUCUAAUAAAUAAUAAAAAUCAUGAAAAUAAAAAAGAAAUCAGCGGAUAGAAAUAAUCGUGGAAGGAAGCGUGGCAUUAAUAAAAAAUUUUCUGGAAAGGCACCCAUUGAUAAACAAAUAUUAGCCAAAUACUCUAAAGGUCCUGGGCUUGAUUUAAAAAGAAAAACAAAUGCAAUUAAGAAUAAAGUUGUUAGAAAGAAACUACAGCGGAAGGAGCAAAUUAUAGAGGAACAGAUAGAAGCUUCUGCUCGGGCUGAAUUAUUAUUGACAGAAGAGUGUGGCUAUUUGGAAGCUGAUGAUGGAGAAACCACUACAGAAUAUCGGCAGAAACAAAUUGUAGACAAUGUGGACAUAACAAGUGCAGCUAAACGAUUCAAAUUAGACUUGCAAUUUGGGCCAUAUUGCUUUAGAUAUACUAGAAAUGGCAGACACUUACUUUUGGGUGGAAAACAAGGUCAUGUGGCAGCUUUUGACUGGGUAACAAAGAAGCUGGCUUGUGAGAUAAACGUGAUGGAGUCUGUACAUGAUGUUACAUGGCUGCAUCUAGAAACUAUGUUUGCUGUAGCACAGAAAGAUUGGGUUUAUGUAUAUGACAAUCAAGGAAUAGAGUUGCAUUGUUUGAAAAGAAUGAAUGGUGUGACAAGAUUGGAAUUUUUACCAUAUCACUUUUUGCUCGCCAGUGGAUCGAAAGAUGGUCAUAUGGCUUGGUUGGAUAUAUCCAUAGGCAAACUUGUCUCUCGUUAUAAUUCACAUUUGGGCAGAAUAUCUGUUAUGACACAAAAUCCAAGUAAUGCAGUGUUAUGUGUCGGCAAUUCGAAAGGAAUAGUAUCUAUGUGGUCUCCAAACUCUAAUAAACCAUUGGCAAAAAUGCUUUGCCACCAUCAACCAAUCAUGACAUGUGCCAUUCAUCCAUAUGGGACGUACAUGGCAACCAGUUGUAUAGAUAAAUCUGUGAAGAUAUGGGAUAUUAGGCAGUUGACAGGACCAGUCAGUGACAUACAUGUUUGUUCUCCAGCUCAUCGUAUGUCUUACAGCCAACGUGGCUUGCUCGCACUUAGUAUGGGCAAUGUGGUAGAAGUUUUUAGAGAAACAUCCGGUAAUUUUAAGCCAUAUUUGCGACAUAAGACGGCUCGCAAUGUAAGCUGUGUGAGAUUUUGUCCAUAUGAAGAUGUGUUAGGAAUUUCUACGGCAAAUGAAUUUUCGUCGCUCCUGGUGCCCGGAAGUGCGGAAGCAAACUAUGAUGCACACGAGAUUAAUCCAUUCCAAACUAAAUCUCAAAGACGAGAGGCAGAAGUAAAAGCACUUCUGGAAAAGAUACAACCAGAACUAAUUACUCUUGAUUCAACUGAGAUACUUGAAGUUGAUGUACCUUCUUAUAAAGAAAAAAUGGAUUCAAAAAAAAAACUUUUGUAUGUUAAACCAAAACCAAUAAACUUUGAUCCCCGACGAACGAAAGCUAAAGGGAAGGGUGGCACCGCGAAAAUAAUAAAAACUAAAAAGAUACUGAAAGAUUUAAGUCGUCGGGAAAUGACUGAAUCAUUUCGCGAAACUCAUAAGGAAGCGGCGCCCAAAAAGACUGAGAAUCAAAACAAGGAUUAUGGUGUAUUAAAUAGAUUUCUUCCGAAAAAAUAAAUUUUUAUAAGGUUUAAUUUUAAUUA